UUCAGCGCCAGUCGAGCUCAAUCUAACGAGGUAGUUUUGUGUUUGUUUCACUGUCGACUGUUUUUAUGGUUCACUUCGGGAGCUCCAUUCCUGGCUUUACCUUUUUUCCCACUCUGGACUCUCGCUGUAUGUUUGAGUACGGCUGUCUGGACACCCAUUGAACGUCAGCCUUGUGUGAUCAGUUCACUUCAGCCAAUCAUCGCUGCUCCAGGCGAUGAAGUCAUCCUGCCACCUGGAUCCUGCUUAUAAUGUGGAGGGUCUAACGGAGCGGUCGAAGCCGGAUCUCAAGCCCGACCCCUCUGAUCGGCUGAGCCGUGUCGACUAUAUGCACGUUUACAGGGACUGACGUUAAAACCUGGACAUGAAGAAGACCUAGGUGGAUAUGGUUCACUUCAGGAACUUCGUGCUUGGCUUUACCUUUUUCACUGUACGUUUGAGUACGGCAGUCUGGACGCCCGUUGAACGUCAGUCUCAGUUGAUCGGUUCAUCUCAACCAAUCGUGGUCGCUCUGGGUGAUGACAUCAUCCUGCCGUGUUGCGUGGAGCCUCGGCGCAACGUAGAGGAUCUGACCAUGGAGUGGUGGCGUGAAGAUCUACCAUUCAUGAACAAGUAUGUUCACCGUUACCAUGACAACCACGAUGUAGAGGACAGGAAGAUGUCGUCAUACGCUGGGAGGACGACGCUGUUCAAAGACGAGCUGAAACACGGAAACGCUUCACUCAAGAUCCUCAACGUGAAGCUCGCCGACCAAGGAAGCUACAGAUGUGUCAUCCCACAGCUGGGGACGGCUACGAUUAUUAGGAUUGUUGUUGAUCCAGACUCUGUUAAAACCUGGACAACAGAGACCCCAGUGCUUCCCAGAAGUCUCCAAACUCCAGAUCCAAAGGAGGAGACGGAUGUUAAAGGUGGUCGAUCCCAUCAGGGCGUUUGGAUCCCAGCUGUGGUUUUCUGCAUCUUACUGGUCCUGGGAGUCUGUGGUGGCGUCGCUGGAUAUGUGAUUAAACACAAGCCUCAAAAACUAAAUCGCCAAAGUAUGACGUCACCACAGAAAAGCCACUUCCAGUCUAGGUGCCUUGCUCAAGAGCUCGUUGGUAUUUGAUGUUAACGGAGACGAGAGCGUUCUACACUUCUCCCCCUCAGACCAGCAUCACCUCCAGCCACAAGUGGACCCACUGGAUCAGCAGGAGGGAGCUCUUCAUGAUGGACACAGAUUACCAUCAGAAUGAAGCUCACCUCAAACUCUGGGACGUGGCUGCAUCAGACGUCCUGGGAAAAAGUUUUCUUUAAAUUUGUGGAUGUUCUUGCUGAACACGUUUGGGUCAGACUGUGGAAAGUACUGCCUGCAGAAGAACUGUGCCAGAACUGUCCUCUUCUCUCAACCACAGACUGCAUAAAAGAAGUGGACGUAGUCACCGUGACGUCACUGUUGGUUUGAAGCCUCGAGUUUGACAUUUUGGCCACCGCCAUCUUGAUUUAUUUUGCAAUGAGGCAUCUGACGUGACCAUCUUUGGAUGAAAUGAGGGUGCGAUGUAGCUUGGUUAGCAAGGUACCUCCAGAAUUCACAUUAACCGUAACUCAUCAUUAUCAGCAGGAUCACUUUGAGACUUUAUUUGUUUUUUAUAGUUUGCUCAAACACAAUGAAGGGGUUGGUGAUGCAUCAGUGGAUAAGAUCCAUGCCUUUGUUUUGAGAGACUCGGGUUCAAUUCCGACUGCAACAUCGAUCAAUGUGUCCCUGGACACUUAACCUCUCCAAAGGCGUGUGACCUCUGACAUACAGUGUAUACCAAUUUUAAGUAAAAUGUAAAAAAUAGUCUGAAGUGCCAAGCCUUUCUUCAUCAUCGGGCUCUCCUGCCCCGAAGGAGGAUAACUGUGAGAACCCUGUUUUGUUUGAGACUGAUCUAUACGAUUCACAAAUGAACUUAUUUUCAAAAUGUUACUUGACUGUAGUAGACUACAUAUCAGUAGGUGGCUGAAACCACGAACAUGAUGAUCAAGAGCCGGCUCCUGAUUGUAAAAUGAACCUUGUUGUAACGUCAGUGUUUACUCAGUGGAGUUUUACUCUUCGCUAAAUUGAAAACAUUUAAAAACAAACUAGUUGUUCUGUAGAGAUCAGUCGUGAGUGUAAAUAUUUAUUAACCACAUACCUCUCACUACAAAACCUUGUGCCAAUAUCAUUAAGGGAAGAAGGCAGGCUGGCGGAGGCAGUGUGAUUCGGUGGUCAAUGUUCAUGUGGAUGUACCACCUGCCUGAACAUGGUUGCAGACCCUCCUUUUAUGGAAACAGAUACCCUGAUGGCAGUGGGCUCUUUCAGCUUUCAGACUAUUUUGGUGUGAAAUGGGGAACUAAAUAAUAUCAGGCAGCUGUCUGACACUUUAAGAGCUAAAUUUACUUUAUGGAAAUAAGCUGUUUUUUUGAAGUUUAAUCUCAAGUUUUACACUCCCAAAACAUCAAAUGUGAACGGGCCUUUGGUCAGGGCACCUGGUCCUCACUGAAGUUUAUAUUAUGUUUCUUUGUGUUUUUUUCACUUUGAAACAUUGUUUUUCUUUUAUGAUGUUAAACAUUAAUCAACUUCUUGCCCUUGAACUUACUUUGUAAGAUUUACCUCUAGUGUUUUGCUUUUAAGAGUAAACGUCUGGAAAAACAUUCAGUUUGUUAGGUUCUGUUUUAGGGACAUUAUGAUUUUGUACAUUUGAAGUAUUUCUACAAUGUUUGUGCACUAUUAUUUUAUAGUAGCCAAAUAAAUCACAUCUACAAAUGAC